GACGCGCGCGCAGGUGGCGAGCGGCCCCACUGCGGGGUGGCCUCCGCCGGGGCUGGCGCGUCGCCGGCGAGGAGCGAGCGAGCGAGCGUCGGGCCGAGGCUGCCGCUGCCUGCCACGUGAAAAGCCGUAACUGCCAGGGCCGGCGCCGCCGGCUGAGGAGCCUCGCUGCCCCGGGGGUUUCCCCUCCGCCUUCCCGCCCGGGGGCUGAGCUGCCCCGCUCCCGCCCCGCCGCUUCUCGGAGGUGGCUGGCGGCGCUGUCGCCGCGAACACCCCUCCCCGGGUGGGCGUGGGGAGGCUGCGGCGUCCCCGCGUGUGCCUGCCCCGCCGGCGGUGGAUGCGCCGAGCCCGCACGGCCCUCGCCUCCCGCGGGCGAGGAGACGCCGCGAUGACUUGAAGCCAUGGAAGGGAUGACACGCUCGGCGGUGGCCGCGGCGCGGUGGCGGCCGGCGCUGCCCGCGCUGCUGCCGCUGCUGCUCGCCGUGCCGGCGCUGCGGGGCGCGCCCGCCGCAGAUGAAAGAUCUUUGGAGCAGCAAAAUUCUUCCCUUUUCUCAAUGAACUCAAAGGUGCACCAAAGCAUAUCAGCCAGCAGGACAGAAAUUACUUCAGCAAAAAGUAUUUUGGAGUCCCAAGAAAGUAAUUUCCUUCAAACGAUUUUAUCAUCAGUAACUACUCCCUCUGAUGUGACUUUAUUUAACCAAGAAGAAAUGGUCAGGAUUUCAGAAGGGAGAAGUACACCGUUGGUAGAUGUCUCCAUAUCAAGCAAUGAGGCAUUCUUAAGUGACGAGUUUAUUAACUCAUUUCCAAAGGCACAGUGGACUCCUCCACUGAAGUCUUUUGCAGUUUUAACAGAUCAUCACUCAGUUAAUACAGUAGAGCCACCAAGAGAAGUAUUAGAAACCGUGUUGCUAACACCUUCAUUAUCUGCCCUUUUUUCACCAUAUAUUAUCUCAAAAACAACACAGCAAAAGACUCCGUUGAGUGCUGUCCCUGAACGCAAUAACACUCUUACAGAAUUGAAGCCUUUUGUAUUACAUAGUGAAAUGCUAACUGUGAGCAGAGACUUGUCAUUGUACCCUCCAAAUACAGCUAUGUAUUUCACUUCCAUUCCUUCAGAUACAGGAGUUGCAGUACAGGAAAAUAUCAAUGCAAGUUUAAUUGCUCUGCCUUUUGGGGCUGCUUCAGAAGGAUCUCCUCUUUAUCUCAAGCUGAUGGAUAAAAAUGCCCCUGUGAUCCCAGAUGCCACAGAACAAAGUUCAGACCUAUAUGGUGAUGUUUACGGAGAUGAGACUAGCAGGGUAUCAGAAACUCUUAGUCUGAGGACCUACCCCAGUCCAAGCAUUCCCUUGGCCAUGCCAGCUUCAGCAGCCAGUGCUGAGCCUGCUUUGUUUCCUAUUAGUCUUCCACCUGCAUCUUUCCCGCUUCACUCAGCUGAUGUUUCCACAGACUCUAAUAUGGUUCUUAAUGCCAGCCUGUUUACACAUGAAUUCUCCAGUACAACACCAAAUUUACCUGCCAGUUCAGAAAAAACAAGUCAAUCAGAGCUUGUCAGUGAGUUCAUGAGUCCAGUGCCUUUCACGAGAUCAUACAGUUCUUGUCUGUAUUGUGACUCAGUUUCACUUCUGCCAGAAGCAGGUUUUUCCCCAGAACAUGAUGUGGGCUCAGGCGACUAUGUUGAAACUUUGUCCAUCAAAGCCUCUGAAGUACAAGGCAUAACUCCAUUUACAACUAUAAUUACUGAUGGGUAUGACUUAGAGGAGCCUACACCUGAGAUUUUUGAUACUUCCUUUCCAUCAAGACCAGUUGUUUCCUUUUCUUCAAGACUUGCAGAAAUCCCUGAUUCAAGCAUGUUUUUAUUAAGUUCUUUGAACUCUGCCCUUGAUACUGGAACACCUAUAACAAUUUCUUCUUCUUACCAUCAGCUCCCUGGAGGAACAUCACUGAAUAUCUCUGCUGUCCAGUUUUCCCUCCCUGUUCUGGAAACAGUUUCAUUGACACCCAGCAUUCACGUAGAAAUUCCUGGCGCCACCACCUUUCUCUUUGACUCUACUUUCAUCCUGAAUGAGCCAGUAGCAUCGUUUGCAGUCAGUCGUACAACUUUGUUGGAGUCACCAGAAUUAAUGCCAUCCAAAUCUGUAUUUUUGCUUGACAAGACAUCUACAAAGGAGGAGCCAUCUUCAAAUACAUCAGAUUUUCCACCCAGUCUUUUAUCAACACCAUUUCUUAUUGAACCUAGCUACUUGUCUUUAUCAUCAGUCAUGCUAGAUUCUUAUUCUGUCAUGCAGAGUGACUUAUCAACAUUCUUACCUCAGAUCUCGUUGACUGGGACAGCAGUACUUUCUGAGGAUGUAUCCAGCUGUGACUUUGCUGUCAUUGUCAGCUCUGCCACCAAUGCCGAGGUUUCUCAGUUCCCUCUCAGCCAAACAUCAUACUUUUAUUCAAAUGCAUCCUCUGUUCCAGAUGCACAUGUUCCUGAAAUGAGACCAACAUCAGAUUUUCCCUCUGAAUCAUCUGUAUUUCUGGAAGCAACCUCAGUAUUGCCAGUGGGCUCUGAAGUCAUAUUUACCUCAGCUGUUACAGGAGCUACCUCUCAGUUGGAGCCUUCACUCUCCACUUCUCACUCUGUGGUUCCUACCCUGGUGCUCCCCUCUUCUGACACUCGGUCUGUUACCAGCAGCAUCUUGCUCAGUGAAACAAAUUUGGUCUCUUUGUUUACUACCUUUCCAGCAACUCCCGUCUUAAAUGUAUCUUCAUCUCUGCUCUCAACUGCUCUGGCUUCUGAUGAGGAUAUUGGUGCUACAGUUAACCCAACACUGCUUUUAACAUCUCGCAGUGAGGGCAGUGCCCACACAUCCUAUCCUCCUGCAGACCCUGGCAACCAGACAUCACAUGCAGACACCAGCAGUGUGAUGGCCUUUCCUACAGCAUCUCUGUUUGUGACCACAUCAUUUUCUCCCACGUGGUUUCCUCCGACUUCUAGCCUACCCACGGGUUAUGAAGUUCCAGCAGGAAGCAGUAUAACUGCUGCUACUGAUGUAUCGACUAUUUCCACCACCGUCUCCACAACCACUUCCACCAGUGCUACAGGCAGCCAUGGCACGACUGCUGCAGUCACCCCAGGGACAUUCUCCUCCACCCCUCUGGUGACCACUACUCCAACUGAACCUGUGAUCAUAACUUCUGCUGUGACUGCUACCAGGCAACCUUACGUCUGCGAUAUCACAGUUCCUGAUGCUUACCUAGUCACUGCAGUGCUGGCCCAAAGAGCUGUUCUACAAAAUGUCAGUGAAUCCAUCAGAGAAGUGCUCAGAGUUCAGUUCAGGCGAACAGUAGAGAUAGAGGUUUAUAAAAUCUCCCCCAAAUUUGCUUUCUUGGUGACAUCCGGUCCUUUUGUUUACACGGCAGUAGCUGUCAUAAAUGUGCUUGUUAACAGCAGUCUUCUUCGUGGAGAGGCCCCCGUGAUUCUCUCUCUGCAUCCUUCCUUUACAGUCCCAGACAACAGAUUCCAAGUUCAGACAGUACUUCAAUUUGUGCCUCGGAAUAUGGAUGUUGGGUUCUGCAACUUCAGCCAGCGCAUUGAGAAAGGGCUGACGAUGGCAUUCAUGGAGGUGAGCAAACACCAGGAGUUCUACAACUUCACUGUGCAGAUACUGAAUAUAACUCUGAGCAGGCCUGGGAUAGCAUUUCGGCAGGGCCCCGUGAGCAUUGUUUUUGCCAUCCGAGAUAGAUAUGGUUUUCUAAACGGGUCCAGAGUCAGCGAGCAGCUAAGAAACUUGUCCGUGGUGGAAUUCAGCUUCUAUCUGGGCUUUCCUGUGCAGCAAAUUGCUGAACCCUUUCAUUAUCCUAAGCUUAAUGUGUCUCACUUGAUGAAAUCUUCCUGGGUGAGAACAGUUCUCUUGGGUGUCAUCGACCAGCGAAUUCAGGAGGAAGUGUUUCAGGCUGAGAUGGAGCGGAAACUAGCUCACCUGUUAAACGAGGCUUUGGUCAGAGGGCGGAUAUGGAGACGAGCCAGCUUUGCAGGCAGCAACGUUGUGCAGAUUGUGAAUGUGUCACGGUUAGUUGGUGUUGAUAAUCCUGUGGAGCUGAUCUACUUUGUGGAGGACCAAGACGGAGAGAGACUAAGUGCUCUGAAGUGCUCAGACCUGAUGAACAGAGUUGAUAUCCAGCGGGCUGCAAUCAUCCUUGGAUACCGCAUCGAAGGCACCGUUGCACAGCCUGUUGAGAAGCUGAAGGAUUCCACCACAGAGUCACAGAAUAGCAACCUGUGGAUUAUUGUUGGUGUUGCGGUCCCAGUUGCUGUGGUGCUUCUGAUCGUUAUUAUUUUAUACUGGAAACUUUGUCGAACAGACAAAUUGGAGUUUCAGCCAGACACGAUAAGCAACAUUCAGCAGCGACAGAAGCUACAAGCCCCCAGUGUGAAAGGCUUUGAUUUUGCUAAGCAGCAUCUGGGCCAGCACAAUAAAGAUGAUGUCCUGAUUAUCCAUGAGCCAGCUCCUUUACCAGGACCUAUUAAGGAUACUACCCCAUCUGAAAAUGGAGAUGUGCCCAGCCCCAAAUCCAAGACUUCCUCAAAGCCUUCAAAGACUGCUCGACCCAGAGGGAGAGUUUCACCAUCAGAUGCUGACUCCACAGCAAGUGAACAAUCCAGCGGGAGAGAGACAGGAGAAGAAACUGCAAGACCAUCAACUGUUGCGAAUGAGGGCAAACCACGCAGAGCAGUGAAGAAAGGACCACCUCAGACCAGUAGUGGAAAUGAGCAGCAUUCCUCAGCCUCUAUCUUUGAACAUGUGGAUAGAAUGUCGCGUUCCUCAGAUGCCAGCAGACGGGUUCCAAGCAAGAUCCAGCUGAUUGCUAUGCAACCAAUGGCAGCACCUCCGGUUCAGAACUCAGUGCUUUCUGAUCGAGUAGCGGAGACCAACAAAAUCAAUAAAGAGAUACAAACAGCUCUGAGGCAUAAAUCUGAGAUUGAGCAUCACCGCAAUAAAAUUCGUCUUCGCGCCAAGCGCAAAGGGCACUAUGAAUUUCCAGUGGUGGAUGAUGUGGUGGUGGUUGACUCCAAAGAACAGCACAGAAUAUAUCGCAAGGCACAGAUGCAGAUUGACAAGAUCUUGGACCCUGGAGGCAGCGUGCCUUCUGUCUUCAUAGAGCCCAGGAAGAGUUCUCGUGCAAAACGUUCUCCCAAGCAGCGUCGGCGACAUCAGAUAAACGGUAGUCCUAUCGAUGCAGAAAAGGACAGAUUAAUCACAACAGACAGUGAUGGGACGUACAAAAGGCCUCCAGGAGUCAAUAACUCUGCAUAUAUUUCUGAUCCAGACUUGCCUUCUGAACCUCAGAUAUCAUCUUCAGCUGAUCUGGGGAAGUUCCCUGGCUUGCCUUCCCACCCAGUCUCCCAGUAUGUCCCACCACAGCCAUCCAUUGAAGAGGCUCGACAAACCAUGCACUCACUGCUGGAUGAUGCCUUUGCGCUGGUGGCUCCCAGCAGCCAAGCAGCUAAUUCCACAGCCGUCACACCACCUGGGGUCUCUGCAGGACAGCCGAGAUAUGUGGAAUUUGGAAUGACUCCACCAACAGCACCAGGUCUUCUACAAAGACAAAACUUUGGGCCAGGUUUUCUUCAGCCUGCAGAGUUAAUGCACCCAGACCAGCAGCCACCUGAGGUUCAAUAUUCCUCCAGAGGGAUAUACUCAGAGGAGAUGCCAUCAGUGGCACGACCACGACCAGUUGGAAGCACUGCAGGUUCUCAGAUACAGCACCUCACUCAGGUGGGAAUUGCUAGCAGGAUCGGAGGUCAACAAGUGGAGAUCCCCUCAGGCAGAGCAGGGCAUGGCCAGCCGGGGGGGCCAGGGUGGCCCCAGUGCCGUGGAGAGGAUGAAUAUGCUAGGCGAGAUGCAACACAUAUGCAUGGACACCAAGAAUAUUCCUCCUCACCAGUAUUCCAGAUGCCGAGGACUUCAGCCAGGCAGCCUUCGGCGCCCCCUGCUCAGCUUCCACACAACAGCCUUCAGGGCCAGGGCCUUUGCUACACCACCAGUUCCACUGAGGACCUUCAGCCAGGUCACUCUUCAGCCUCUCUUAUUAAAGCAAUUAGAGAAGAACUUCUACGACUUUCUCAGAAACAGACAACAGUGCAGAACUUCCACAGUUGAUUUAGCAUUCCCUUGCAAGUCUGCCAGGUAUCUGCUUCCUAUGGAAGUAAAGACUUAGAGGAAAUCAGCAAUGUUGUUCUCUCAAAAGAAUUGAACUUUCACGGCUCUCUUGACAAUACUUUGGAAAAAAAUGAAGAAGGCAGCAAAACGAGGAUAGUAAGGGGAGACAGGGAAAAUCGUCAGUGUCAUCACAAGUAAUAUUAAUUAAUCUGCUAAUAUUACGGUGCUUCUCUUCUCUCCCUACCCUCAUUCAGCCUAACAAAUAAAUAAAACCUUAGGUCAAGAAAUCAACACUCCAGCAACAAAAAAGUCACAGGAACAAACUCCAAGUAUGAUGGACUCCUUUUUCUAAGGAAGUAGGCAAAGGCUUGAAUAAACUGAGAUGACAUUUUGCAAGCUACUACAAGUAUUCUGAUCUCUCCAGUGCUUAUGGGGAACUGGUUUGUGUUAUUGUUUUGCAAGAUUACAAACUGUAUCAGCUCAAGGGUGUUGAAGGUGUGAUCCGACAUAAGAAUCACUUUGAUUGUCAGGAACAACGGGACUACUUAGAAUAAAAGUCUUUAUGAGAUACUUGUAACAAACUGGAACAAUAAUUGUUAUAGCUCUGUGCUUCUGAAUGGAGCUACUCUCUGCACUCUUCCUUGUUUUCCUUCUGGUGCUGAAGCUUCAAGUGUUCCUUCAUCUUCAAUGUUUGCAAAAUGAAACAUUGGCCUUGUAUAACUAAGAAAAUAUCUGUAGACUCACGCAGGCUGGAAAAACAAAACAAAGCAUCCAAACGGAAAGGGCUUGGUAUUUAUGUUGUUUAAAAAUUACUGAAAACUAGGAGAGAAAUACUCAGCCACAGUUGAAUUUGGGGAAAUAUGUAUGUAUAUCUGUAAAAAAGUAUAUUUACAUACUUUAUGCUCUUGCAAGAUCAGUGAUAAAAUAUUGCCACUCUGUAGUUUACUUUGUGGACAGAAACUGAUCCAGCCUGACUAGUACAGGGUCACCAGCAUUAUGUUAUAAAUGGAUGUCCUAAAUCAUUGCUUAUGUUUGGAUCUCAAUAAUUUUAGUGAAAGUCAGUGACAGUUUAGAGCAUUAACAUAGGCUUAGAUUUGCAGUUUUGAGACAGUUUCUAUAUUUAUACUUGUUUCCACUGUCCCUAUGGACAAAGGGUAAGCAUUAUCCCCAUGGUAAGAAUGGUACAUGCCAUGAAACUGUUUGUUGCUGUUUUUUCCAGAGUUUUAAUUUAAUAUCAGCUACGAAUUUACUAAUAUUUGGCCAUUGCCUAUCUGUAACUGACAUAAUACAUGCGGAAAUUUUACUUAAGUCAUGAUUUGUUGAAGUGUUUUUAUUUUCAGGUCAGACUGAACUAUAACAAACUGGCACAGAGGCAGAAGAUAAACUCAGUGUUUCUGAGGAGGCUCGGGAGCUUUGCCCUAGAAAAAUGAAAAGCAAAACUAUUUGGUGCUGUAGUGUGAGUAUUUCAGACACUAGCAGAUGGUAGUCAUAAAACAUCUAAGGAACGGUGGUCUGCCAAGGAGAUCGCUGGGCAGUUGGUCAGGGUAGGGGCUGCGUUUGCCUCACUCCCUGUGUAGAAAUGGCAUUGGUAAAAUACAGGUGUGUGAUGCUGGUAUGGUAUGGUGGUCUUUGUCUGCUCCUGGUUCCAGUGCACAGUUCAAUAACUGUGACAGGACUAACUCGGCCUGAAACAAAACCAGGUAGAACACCAUGGAAGAACCGUACAUACCUUGUUCAUGAAGUGUGUAUGUAAUAUUCAUUGCCAAAGCCCAAACUAGGAAGCAGCUGGCUGCUCACUGAUGUGGAAGAAAAGGUGGUAUGUUUCCCCUCUUAAUUAGGAAGCUCAGUUAUUUUUCUGUUUACCCAUGAUCCUCAAAAGACUGUAUGAAAUGGUUUUGAGGGGCUUACUAUAGUGAAGCAGUCUAAAUUAAUUUCUAGUUCCCUGGCCAAUACUUAAAACCUUCAUGGGCACUGGUUGAGGUUUGACUAGAGUCAGUACACCAGCAUGGUUAUGAACAGCAGUACCAACAGGUUACUACGCUUUGAAUUUUUUAAGCUUUUUGUAUGAUAGUCGCUUCUGGGAUAAAAAUAAAGAAACUUGUAUUUUCUGCCAAGUUUGUAAACAUGAAUGUUGCCAAUACUUCUGUGAAAUGCCAGGUUUUGCAGAAUGAAGAGUGUUUCAGGCAAUGUUCAUUUGGUCUUUUUGACAGUACUGAAGACUGACUGUUCCUAAGUGUUCCCAUUAAAACCAUCUCUUUCGCAGCUCACAUCCUUCUCCAGCUUCUGCACUGAGGUCAGAGGCCAGUGGUUACACUAUUAGCGCAUUACUGUGACUUCAUUUCAAGAAAAUGUGGGCUUCUAGAAAGUAAAUUUGUUUCCUGGCUGUUGGUUCCAGCUAUUUAAAAAGGAAUAUGAAAUAAGAGCUUUGAAAGUUAGAGACACUUAAGCCAUUUCUCAUUCAUUUUCACUAGUGGUGGUGAUGCUAUUAUGAUAGUCCAUCUUUUUGUCUUUGGAAAAAUAUUAUUUUUCCUUUCAAUCUGAAAUCUUAGGAAGAACACAUAGUGGACAUUUGUCUGGUAAAUAAAAGAAGCUUUCUGAUGCAAAAAUCUCUCUUUAAAACCCUUCAAGUUCAUAGGGAAGGACAGUAAAAUAAAAGCAGUCAGAAAGCUGUGUUUGGAAGUGAUGUCUUCAGACUAGCUGGAAACUUAAUCCACUGUUGACAAAAAGUAGUAUGCCAUAGUCUCUAUCUUCGUGUCAUAAGAACAGUAACACAUAAGGCACCGGUUCCAAGGAUGGUCUUAACAAGGGAGACCCACACUUUUUUUUCUGCAGCUACAGCAUAAGCUUUUUUUUUCGUAUACCUACAGAAGGGCUCUCUGGAAUGUGUGUGCCAAAAUGUGCGUUUCCACUUGGGAAUUUAGGGAAUUGUAAGCUUCUGCAUCUCUAUGUGCUUGAGCUCUUCUGUCAUAUUUUAUUGCCCUAUUAAAAGGGGGGGGGGGGGAAUCCCAAACCUUUUUUCCUGAAACUUAAAGAAUCCUGAGUUCAAGUAUCUAUGAACAAAUCCACCCUUUUCUGAAAACACUGAUCAGAUGAGAAAUUGUUACAGGCACAGAAAGCUGUUACUAACAGUUAUAUUCAUUUCCAUGACUAAACCAUCUGGUUUGUGGAAUGCUCAGGCUCUUCUCUUUCUUCACAAUUUUCCUUGGCAUUUGUGCUUAGUCUGUGUUUAGUUUGGCAUGUAGAAGAACUUGGCGAGGCGAGAGCUACAUAAUUUAGCUUGGUUGGUUUGCUUUUCCUUUCCAUGGCCAAAAUGUUGACCUCUAGCCUGCUUCUUGAUCAUCUUUAGAACUAAGUGAAAUUUUACCAUUAUUCUUCACUCACUUGAAAGGUUGGGCACACUUCAGUAUUAUAAAAUAUUCUCUUCCAGGAUGUAACACAUGGUCCUGUCAGUGACUGUGGCAAGAAAACUUUGCUUGUAGAGGUGAACCACAUAGGUGCUGCACUCAGUGUUAAAUAAGCUCAUUCUGGAGCAUUAAGUGGAAUUGUAUUGACUCUUUGCAAUGUACUGUACUUGGAAUGGUUUGGAACAGGCUUCAUCUAUAGUGGUUGGAGAGCAGUAGCGUUAUACAAGGUCUGUAUAUCACCUCUGCACCCAAAGGUCUGUUUGGCAAGAUGUUGGGUACCCAAAUAUCACACAUCUUUAUGCACCCACAUAAAUACGCAGAUUGAUCACCCAAAAGUACAUGUUCCUACCAAGUGCUAAAGCCAGUACUUUUUAUUUAGACUACUGACAGCACGGCUACAGUGUUAUCUUAGAAAGAGGCUCUUUACAGGGAUCAUAACUUCCCAAGAAACGAAGUGGCCAACACUGUUGUGUGUUAACUCAUGGUUUGAAAACACAUUGGAUGGAUUACAUAAGGAAAAUAGUAUCAUUUGAGCCCAAGUGAAAUUACCAGUUGUGCGACAGGGAUGAUAGUACGCAUCUGAACUCAUUGUUUAACUCUUAUCCUCACGAUGUUAUCCUUUUUUCCAGAUCUAACAGUUUUUCAGCUCGAGGAAAAAAUGGGCAUUAUCUCACAGUUCUUUGUUAUAGAUGCCAGUCCUUGGGAAAAAAAACCAAACAUGUCUUGGCCAAGAGCUUUGAAGUGGCAGGAUGCACAUCAUUUGUGACUUUGACGUGGGGACAUGUUAAGGGCCAUAUUUUUUUCAGCAGUGUCAAAAUAAAUGGAUUUUUUUAAAAAGUAACACUUGUUUGGUGUUUUCUGAAUAUGGACAUAAAACUGAAAAUUGUUUAAAAGAGUCAGAUUGGUUUGGAUUGGAAGAGAUCUUAAAGAUCAUAGAGUUCCAGCACCCUGACAAAGGAUGACAUCUGAUUGUCCAAAGUCAAAUAGCAACCAGGUCUCCAGGACCACCUAUAACAGUGCACUAAAAAAGAGGUAAAAUCUUGGGGACUCUUCCUGCCCCUACUUAGGCUGAUUCCAUAACAACUCUGCUUCUGUGCAGUUCUUCACCACUUGCAAUACUGGUCUGUAUGAGUGAGAAACAUCUCUGUCUCUCACCAGUGAGACUCCCAGAUGCGGUUCACCAUGGCUGUAGAGUUUCUGCAGAGCUUUUUAGAGAGAAGUAGCAGCUUUAAAUGUGGAAAUAAAAAUCCAGUUCCCUUUUUUGGUGGGCAUCUUUUUCCUCUUCUUGUUAUGUUUUAUUUAAAAAUGGUGGGGGGAAGCCUUGGGGAUGUAGUCUGCUGUCACCGGUCUGCUGUCAUUCAUGUAUUCCAAUAUCUGUAGGUCCUAAAUACUGAGGAAGCAGAUAUAGGAAUGAAAGUUUUCGACAAUGCUGAUGAAGAUUCACUGUCAUUUUGCAGUAUUUUGGUGUGAGUCCACUUACAUGCUUGAAAAGCCAGGUGUCCGUGUUACAGUGUUCUUUGAAAUGUAGCUUACAUCAGGAGGACUAAAAGUUUUCUUACGUAUGUCUGACAAUGAGGGCAGAACAAGCUUAGCUUGUGGCAGCUCAUACCAAAAUGACCGGCAGUUCAGAUCCACAUGUCUGCGUGUUGCCCCUGGUCGCAACUGCAUGACUUCCACUGAAACCCACAUAGUCAUGUGUAUGCUUUGGAAGGAGAAUUCAUCCUACAAAUUCUUUAGUACAGUUUGGGAUGCACUUGGCAAGAUGUGUCUAGCUUUGACAUACAAAGUCCUUGUGAGUUUACUCACCCUGAGAAUAAGAAACUUGAGAAGCAAAAUUCCUGUGGAGUUGCACUGCUUUUUUAGAGAGAAUUUUGUGGAGUAGAGCUGUAGUCCUGUAAAUCCGUGCGAAGACUGAUAAAUGAAAAAAAGUUUACAUUAGUACUAGAAGAAUACACAUUUCUUUGUGUUUAAUAGUUUGUAGAGAUGGAGUGUUUUGUCUUGAUUUUGUAUUAUUUUCUCUUGAUAGUCUUUACAUUUAAAGUAUUUGUUUUCCUUUGUAAUGGCCACUCUAGUUUAGUUUGGAGUAGUUCGUAAUCUGUAAGUGGAAGUUUAUGUUUAGGCUGUUACAUCUUGCCUUAAUCGGAAUAAAAUAUUGGCAGAUUUGAACAAAUGCUCUGAAGACUCUUGAAAUGAAUGCUAAAGCUCCACCGAUCCCUGAUGUGGUGAUUUUCAGGUUCACUUAGAGUAAUCCUCAUCGUCAAACGUAGAGCGAAUGAAAAUUUAGAGCGAGUAGAAAAGAGACUGAAAGAUGAAAAUUACUGCUUUGCACUUCGUACUAUAUUCUCAUGUACACACUCCUUCAGAGGUCAGUCAUGUUCCCAUGAAAACUUCUCUAA